AUGGAGGAGGCGGCGGCGGCGGCCUCGGCUGCUGCUGCGGCAGCCAAGGACGCGGCCUUGUCCGCUUCGGUCGCGGCGGCGGCUGCUGCGAAGGACGCGGCGGUGGCUGCGGCGACUGCCAAGGAGGCGACGGCUGCUGCGAAAGACGCGGCUGUGGCCGCGUCGGCUGCUGCGUUGAAUGCCGAGAAGGCGGCUGCGACGGCUUCGGCUGCAGCGUUGAACGCGAAGGAGGCAGCGGCUGUGGCGGUGUCUGCAGGGGAGGCGGCGGCCGCGGCGGCGACCACUGCGGCGGCAGCAAUGCAAGCUUCCAAGAAGCGUAAGUUCAAUCUUAUCGAAGACGACCAAGAUACACCAGUGAGUGAAGACGUCGACGAUGGGGAGACUGGAAACAUCGACGAUGGGGAGACUGGAAACGUCGACGAUGGGGGGAGUGUCGAUCUCAUCAGCCGCCUCCCCGAGGCCGUCCUCUGCCGCAUCGUCUCUCUUCUCCCCACCAAGGAAGCUGCGCGCACGCAGGCCAUCUCGCGCCGGUGGCAUCCGCUGUGGCGCUCCGCUCCUCUCAACCUGGUGGCGGACUUCGAUUCCAAGAGCGAGGGCACCAUCGACUUGAUUUCAAAGAUACUCUCCGAGCAUCCCGGCCCCGCGCGACGCUUCUCAUUCAGCCUCUGUAUUAGCGAUUGUUCCGACAAGAUCGAAGGGUGGCUUAGUUCCCAAGCCCUGAACAACCUACAGGAAUUGGAGCUCACCUACUAUCGCUUGUUCGACGACAGGGAGAAGUUGUACCCGUUGCCAUUGUCCGUGUACCGCUUUGCGCCCACACUCCGCGUGGCCAAAUUCCAAGGCUGCCAUUUCCCCAACCUGAUUGUGACUCUGUCCCUCAAGUUUCCGUGCCUCAAUCAGCUAACCAUGGAGACCGUCACCAUCUCGGAGGAUGCUCUCCAGAGCUUUUUCUCUGGCUGCCCUGCCUUGGAAAGCCUUGAGCUGAAGAAAAAAUUCGGCAUUGGUCGCCUCUGCAUCAGCUCCCAAAGCCUAAAGAGUUUAGGCUUUUCCUCUGGCUGGAGGAACGAGGGUCUCCUUUUACAAGAGUUGGUCAUCGAGGACGCACCGUGCCUUGAGAGACUGCUACCACUUGAUCCGCAGAAAUUGAUUGAUGUUGGCUUGACAACCAAAAUACACAGCAUGAGGGUUUUGGUUCUUGACUCUGUUGGCCCUAAUCUGGAUGUGGUGGUUAACUUCCUCAAGUGUUUUCCUUGCUUGGAGAGGCUGUAUGUCAUGCUCCAGCCAGGGAUGAUUAUGAAUAAUGUCAGGAAGUAUGACCCACUGGACCCAGUUGAAUGCCUUGAGCUCCAUCUCAAAAAAGUAGUGUUGAAGAAUUAUGACGGCACCAAGAGUCCAUCUAUUGACUUUGCCAAGUUUUUUGUUUUGAAUGCGAAAGUGCUAAAGGAAAUGAAAAUCACACUACCUUACCACCGCCAGUACAAAUGGUUUGCUAAUCAACAUGAGCUGCUACGAAUCAAAGAUAGAGCUUCUCAAGAUGCUCGAAUUGAACUGAAAUGUGGUACUAAGGAUUAUUUCACACAUAACAAGCAUACCCAUGAUUUGCCAAUGGCUGAUCCCUUUGACAUGCCCUCCAGCAGAUGCUCCAAGUGUAGUUGAUGCCCGCUUUGAAGAUUGCCUUGUCUUCUGUUCUAUGUCGCUGCUUUUGCUUGUCGCCUUUUGU